AUGACGUUCGAGGACCACAAGCGCUGUCUGUUCGAGGUCGACGACGACGACGACGACGCUGCGGAUGGUGUCGAGAGUGAGGAGGUGGGUGAUGACGACGAAGACGACUACAUGGAGGACGACUUUGACGAUGACGCUACGUUAAAGGGUGAGGAGCUGAAACGACGUGCUCGUCUGAUGGCCCGAUCGGUCAUCAGCACGAUCCAUGAGAAUGCCGCCGCCGCUACCGCCGCCGCAAUUGAUGGCGUGGAAUUCACCCCAACACCGCUUCCACCGUACACGCCGUAUACACCGUAUAGGCAAAACGUGUCGAUCCGAUCGUUCGAGCACCGCGUCAAAACGAUUAAGACCAUGAAAAUGACACUUAAUCGUUUCGACGAUAAGCGCGUUGUCGACGACGAUCGGGUACGUACACGCGCCUACGGUCAUUACGCGUUACGCGUGUGA